AUGGCGGUGCUUGCUCCGCUGCUGGCCCUGAUCUACUCCGUGCCUGGGAUCUGCCGGUGGCUGGCGCAGCCCUACUACCCGCUGUCGCUUCUGCUCUCGGCUGCCUUCCUGCUGGUGCGGAAGGUGCCGCCGUUAUGCCACGGGCUGCCCACCCAGCGCGAGGACGGCAACCCCUGUGACUUCGACUGGGUGAGGCCUUGCCCGGAGCCCCCCUCACGCCCUCUUGCCUCUAUGGGGCUCAUCCGGCCAACUGCUGGGAAGGGAACGUUUCUCCCCGUUGCCCAAAGAAGUCGAGAUCUGUCGUUUGGCAUCCUCGUCCCGGAGACUCUCGACUCUGCGACUGGAAGGAAAAAGACUUUCUUUCUCUUUCUUUCUUUCUUUCUUUCUUUCUUUUUUACUUUCUUUCUUGUUCUUUUGAUGGCUGGUUCGCCAUGUACUAGUGAAGGGUGACUAACUUGCGGCCCUCCAGAUAUUGUUUCUUUAUUUAUUGAAUUUAUAUACCGCCCUGUACUCGGAGGUCUCAGGGCGGUUCACAGAACAAAAUCAAAAUAGAAAACCACAAAAUAUAUAAUAAAAAAACCAACCCAAUACCCCCCCAAUUGUUGGGCCUCAGUUCCCACCCUCUUUGGUUACUGGGCAUGCUAUUUGGGGUUGGUGGAAGUUAAGAGUCCAACCCGAUCUGAAGGGCUGCAGACUAGCUGCUGUUUAGUAUUUUAUUAAUCACCCAUCCUACACUCGUAAGGUCCCAGUUGUUUUAAUUGUUGUCAGAAUGACAUGCACAAAGGCAAGACGUGAUAAUAGUUUGUGUUUAAUGUAAUAAGCUCCUCCACCUCAGGAGAGGACCCCAAUAGAGGUGAAUUUCUUUCCAACCUCUGAUGGGAGUGACCUCCAGGAAUAUCUGCCGACUUUCACACUUAACCUCCCUUUAAAGUAGUGGAGGCCUGCUCUGUUCUCUGCUUCCCAAUAUGCUGGUAUUUGUCUGGCUGUACUGUUCAAAUCUCAAUGCUUAUAAUACCACCAGAGUGUUUGUUUGCAUUACAAACAGCCCCUGGUUAGAUAGUAAAUUCAAAGUGGUUCCCACUCGCAUUCUUCCUCUGCUUCUUCCUCUUACUAUUGCUUACCAUUUUCUGCCCUUUCCUCGAAUGGCUCCUGUGCUUGCACUGAACUGCACACAAAAGUUCAAAAGAGCUCAUAAAGGUGUCUCUGAAUUCUCAACAUCUUAUGAUAGUUUUUUCAUGCCUGGCAACUCUGCCAGAAACCUUCCAUUUCAUUUUGUGCUCCCCUUCUGUUGUAAGGCACAUGUGUGCAUAGCAACUCAGCAAAUCAAUAAGUCAAAAUUCCUUUCCUGUUGCAUCUUCUUUCAUAUCUCUAGUCCAAACCUCAAAAGAAGCUGCUUUGAGUGUGGUAACCCAUAGCACUUGUUCUCAUGUCACACUGUGGGGUUUCCUGCCCAUAAGAAUUGAUCACGUAGGAGAAUGUAGUGAUCACAAAACUAGUUUAGUUGUGGGAUCUGGUGCAUGGGCAGUCUUAAAAAGACAUUUAGACAGACAGCUUUUGAAUUCUUUAGAUGUGAUACAUGUUUUAAUCAUAUGGGUUGGAGUAAAGUAUUAAUUGGGUCAUCUCUGGUUGUGUAAUUCUGUGGGCAUGACCGUAGGUUGUUCUGUAACAGGUAAGCAACAGGCUGAGAGGAUUAGGGAAGUUUAGGCAAGAUUAGGGAAGUUUUUAAUGUUUGAUUCUAUUUUUAAUAUUCUGUGGGAGCUGCCCAAAGUGGCUGAGGAAACCCAGCUAGAUGGGCAUUGUAUAACUAAAUUAUUAUUAUUAUUAUUAUUAUUAUUAUUAACACCUCGCCAUGUGUAUGUUGCAGUUGUACUUGAGACCAAUUCCUAUAUUAAUGAAUUGGCCCUAAAGUUUGUAUGUACCACUUAAUGUAAAUUGCCCUGCACAUAAAGCAAAAACAAUUUUUUAUUGUGGUAUCUUAAGUCUACAACAGUGAUAUAUUGUGCUAGACACUAGUUUUUCAGAUGUACCACACUGUAUUUUGUUGUGUAAAGGGCCACAAAAAUUGUUUGGUUUUGCUGCAACAAGAUAUCAUGGCUAUUCUUUUUGUAUUUGCCUCAUAAAACACUUUAACAUUUGAGCAGGAUGUUUAUGCAAGAUUGCACUAGCUGUUUUAGUGAAAAAAUAUUUUCAUUGCAAAUCAUCCUUUACGUGGAGGUAGUUAACUGCAUAAUUUGUUUUUCAUGUAACAAGAAAAAAGUAACAUAGAGCACUUGCACAAUUUACUAAAUGUACAAAAUAAGGGUGAUCCUUGCAUAUGCCGUCACAUAAAAGUCAGCUCUAGUUUUAUUUCAUUGUGCACCUGCUUGGUUUGUGGUCCUGAAACUUCCAAGCAACUACAGUGGUGCCCCGCAAGACGAAUGCCUCGCAAGACGGAAAACCCGCUAGACGAAAGGGUUUUCCGUUUUUGAGUUGCUUCGCAGGACGAAUUUCCCUAUGGGCUUGCUUCGCAAGACGAAAAUGUCUUGCAAGUCUUGAGAUUUUUUUUGCUUUCGCCCCUUUAUCUAAUCUGCUAAGCCUUUAAUAGCCUUUUAGCAGCUAAUCCGCUAAGCCUUUAAGCCUUUAAUAGCCGCUAAACCGCUAAUAGCGCUAAUCCGUUAAGCCGCUAAUAGGGUUGCUUCGCAAGACGAAAAAACCGCUAGACGAAGACUCUCGCGGAACGGAUUAAUUUCGUCUUGCGAGGCACCACUGUAUAAGCUUCCUUUGGAACUGGCAGUAUGGCUAGCUAGAUGAUGGAUAAAUGUGACAUCUGCUCUAAGGACAGGCCAGCUGGUCCCUUUUCCCCACUGCUUGUACAACCACUUACUGCCAUCUUUCUUUUUAGCGCGAGGUGGAGAUUCUUAUGUUCCUCAGUGCCAUUGUGAUGAUGAAGAACCGCAGAUCCAGUAAGUAAUGCUUGUUCUUUAUCUCUCUCUUUUUGGAGUAAAGCUUACAAAGAUUUCACAGCUGGCUUUAACCUUUAUCGAAAUCUUAUUUUCUUUAAAAUCAGUAUGGUCCAGUCAGUAUAUUUUGAACAAAUAGCUGGUACAGAAUGGGAUGUAAGUGGGAUGAGGUUGUGUCAAAAAUUCACACAGAAACAGAAAGCACCUAAAUGAUUUGAAAAGUUUUAAGAUGAAUGGCUGCUGCUAGGCCCUUGUUCCUCUGCCACAAUCGGUGCAUUGUCCCUGUGCAUUCCUGCUGUAGGAGUGGCUUCAGAAGGUGACCUGUCUAUUUCUUUUGUUUUCUGUUCCAUAAUACAAAGAUAUGGAGGCCAGCGGGGCAAAGCUUCCAUGUGCCAAGACUUGGUGUAUUAUGGGUGAGAUUAAGUGAAGGUCAACAUGGAGGUGAUAAGAAUAUAGCAGAGAACAGUGACUGCCUAAGAUGAAAGGAUAUGCAGAAUGUGGGGUUUAGCUUGAAAUGAUAUGGGAAGCAGGAAUGACCUCUAGGCAAGUGCUGUAAAAUACAAAACUGUACAAUGUUAGCCUAGGACAGCACUCGUUUGACGAGAAACUCCCACAUACCUUGAAAACUACACCGUGUGUGUGUAUCUAUCAAUAGGCAUUCUAAAUAUGUAAUCUGUCUUGCACAGAAAGCUUCCACAAAUUUUUUAAAAGUUAAGCUUCAGUCAAAAUUCCAGCUUGUUACUGGGCCUAGCAGUGAUACAGAUAAUAUCAGCCAUAAGAAUGUGCCUCUUUCUCUCUCUCAAGUUACUGUGGACCAGCAUGUGGGAAACAUCUUCAUGUUCAGCAAAGUAGCCAACGUCAUCCUUUUUUUCCGCCUUGACAUCAGAAUGGGACUGCUCUACCUCACCCUCUGUAUAGGUGAGUCAUCCUAGUUAUAUCCUAGUUCUAGUUCUAUCAAUUGAGGAGGACUUGGACAACAUAAAUAAUAGGACUUUAGAUGCAAAAUCCACCAGUUCUGCAUAAUUCCUCUAUUUUGGGGCAUUAUUUUUGUUUAUAGGGCAAUGCCAGCUUGCAUUAAGUGGAAGUAAAGACUACCCCAUGAUUGCCAUAUCUAACACUGCAGCUGGAACCUGCUGUCUGAAUUCCAUUUUCUUGAGCUAUUGGAGGAGGGCUGUGGGCUGGAGGAAUCUUCAUUCCUGGCAAGAGGAGAAUAUAAUCCAGGGAAGCUUUUGAGAAUUCUGCCAAUCUCAAAAGCAGGGAGGAGCCACAGCUUUUGUAGAGUACCUACCUUGGAGAGCAACUGCUAGUCAUUUUAAUAGACAGUACUGUAGGAGGUGGACAAACACUCUGGUCCCAUAUAAAGCAGCUUCCUAAUCCCAUCCCAGCAUAGUGCUAAACCAGGGGUCAGCAAACUUUUUCAGCAGGGUGGGGCGGUCCACUGUCCCUCAGACCUUGUGGGGGGCCGGACUAUAUUUUGGGGUGGGGGGGAAUGAACGAAUUCCUAUGCCCCACAAAUAACCCAGAGAUGCAUUUUAAAUAAAAGGACACAUUCUACUCAUGUAAAAACACGCUGAUUCCCGGACUGUCCACGAGCCGGAUUUAGAAGGCGAUUGGACCGGAUCCGGCCCCCAGGCCUUAGGUUGCCUACCCAUUUGGUAGCUAAGCUGUGCUUGGUAUGUGCCUUUUCAGUGUUCCUGAUGACCUGCAAGCCACCUCUGUACCUGGGUCCUGAAUACAUCAAAUAUUUCAGUGAUAAAACAAUAGAUGUGAGUAUUUUAUUCUCUGCACUCUCAUUUGUUCUUGUGGACUUGGAUAAGCUGGGUAUAACUUAUUAUUUUGGGUAUAGCGUAUUAUAUUAUACUGACUUAGUUUCGUUACAGUAAGAAAAUGAACACAAUAAAAACCCUUGUUAAAACAGAAAUGGGCAGUGCUGGCUGAAAAGGAGACACUGCUUCAACAAGGUUCCACAGUGACCACCUUGGAAAAUAUGCUCCCCUCCCACUUUUGUCCCUGGAUCUGGAACAUUUAUUUUCGGGCAACUGGAUAGUCUGCAGCUCCUGGCUUUUUCUGGCAGCAGCAGUGACGGAACCAGCAGAGAGAUGAUGAUGAUAACUGUCCACUUCCCAGGCCGUAGAUGGUCACUGUUGCUGCUCCAACUGUAUGUUCUACCUUUUCUUUCUUGGAGCUCAAGGAGGCAUAUAUUCUAUACAUUCACACACACACUUUGUUCUCAUAACUACCUUCUGAGGUAGAUUGGUCAGAGAGAAAGUGUCUGGCCCAAGGUCCCUCACUGAGCUUCACUACUGAGUGCAGAUUUGACCCUGAUCUUCCAGGUUCUACUUUGACACUUUAUCUAACCAUUGCACUGCAUUAGUUCUGCUUAAGGAGGCCCCAAGUUUAUUAUUCUGUACCGCUGUUUCCUCUUGCUGAUUGUUUUUUUUUUAAAGUUACAUGCAGUCUUACCGCCCUGUGAACAUUGUGGAAAUUUUGUUUAUAGAUAUGGAAUAUUAAAUAUUUUAAAUAUUUUAUAGAAAUGGUACAUAUUCACACGAGAACUGAGAGUAUUGAGACCUAAGAAGAUCUGAACAAAGAGUGUCAUUGGCAGUCUAAAUUGAUGUUGGUUAGUGGUGGUGGAAUGGGACUGGUUCAGCCCAACUGAAAAAGCAUUGCCCUGAGCUCUGAAGUUCAGACAAAGGGAGCACUUUCCAGAUAGUCUUAAACACAGAGAGAAGUGCAAGCAUGAAUGUUGGAUGUAGCCUAGUACAGGCAUGUCCAACAGGUAGAUCGUGAUCUACCGGUAGAUCACUGGACGUCUGCGGUAGAUCACUGGUAGAUCAUUGGCUCCCCCCAAAGAAGCUCAACAACUGUGGCUCCCCUAAAAAAAGUUCAACAAUUUACCUCCUCCCUGAAAAAACUCAACAACUUUGACCUGAACCCCAAAAAAGGGGGUCAAUCACUGCCAGUUUUUAACUCUGUGAGUAGAUUGCAGUCUCUUGGGAGUUGGCCACCCCUGGCCUAGUAUAUGAACUAUUUGGACCUACUCCAUGAUGGUUGUGUACUGCCUCCAAUAUUGGAGGUGGUUUGCAUCUGAAUCCUAGUUCCUAGGAAGCACAAGUAAGGAAAGUGCUGUUACACUCUGCCCUUGUGGGCUUCCCAUAGGCAUCUGGUUGGGCACCGUAAGAGAGGGUGCUGGACUGGCUGCUCGGAUCCAGCAGGCUUCUACUGAUAACCUCCUGUUCUUUGCCAGUGCCUCUCAACUCCUGGAACUCUGUGGGUUUGGAUUGUGAUUGCUGGUCCUCCUGUGCAGCACCUUUCCCCAACCUGGUGCCCUCCAGGUAUUAUUAAGCUGUAACUCUUGUCAUCCAUUCCCACUGGCCAUGCUGGCUGGGGCUGAUGGGAACUGGAAUACAAACCAUGUUGGAGGGCACCAGGUUAGAGAAGAGUUGAUGGUUGUGUGAUCCUGCCUCAGGAUAGGGAUUGUCCUUCUGUAUCCUUUCAACUCUAUUGGAGUGUUGUAUGUGGACAUUUGAAGGAUGUGCAUUGUGUCAGCCUUGAUCCUUCUUUUGCAGGAGGAACUAGAACGGGACAAGCGGGUAACCUGGAUUGUAGAAUUUUUUGCUAAUUGGUCCAAUGAGUGCCAGUCAUUUGCUCCCAUCUAUGCAGACUUGUCUCUCAAGUGAGUGGUUUACUCUUUAAUAAAGUAUGGUGUCUUAGCGCAGGGGCAGGCAGACUUCAGGCACGUGUGAUGCCUAAAGUGUGAUGCAUACUUUACCUCCAGGACUCAGCAUUUUUGUUGUGCUGAAGGGUACAGAAAGGCAUUGAGUCCAGUAUGUUCCAGUGUGAUAACUAUUGGGCUAAGGUGAGUGUGUAUUUUUAUGCUGUGAACUGCCCUGAAAUCUAUGGAUGAAAAGUGGCUUAUUCUUAUUCUUCUUAUUAUAUUUCUAAGAUACAAUAGUUCAUUUGUUGGGUGAACAAAGAUAAACUCACCAGGUUAUUCUGAUUGCAGCCCCUGAUGUACUGCUGGCUUUUAAGAAAGAGUUUUACUAUAGCCAUGCAAGUUAUGGUUUAAAAGGAAAAUUUAGUAUCCUCUAAAGCAAACUUUAAUGGGAAGGAACCUUAACAAAUAGGGAAUGUCCAUGAAUCCAGGCCCUUGUGGUUGCAGAAGGUUAGUGCUAAUCCUUUCUACAGAAUGUCAAUUUAAAAUUGAUGAAAAUUAGUUCCCAAGAGAGUUUAUUUGUGGUUCCCGUUCUGAGGUUUAUGAGACCUAGUAGUUGAACUAAUGGGAAAUGGAUGGUGGCAAUAGCUCAUUAGCUACUGGCAGUUUCUGGAUAAAACUCCAUAGGAGAUUCUGGUGACCCCACCAUACAUUCAACUGAGGCAAAGGCCUCCCCCCACCCCCUUGUACUGAGGUACCAAAGUGAAGGAUUACUCUUUAAGUGGCUCUUGGCAAGGGCCUGGCUGCCGAUGGCUUUUUUUGAAGCAACCCAUUGCUUCCAGCAAUGACCAGUAGAUGGCCUUAGUGUAGAAAGUGUUUUCAUUUUUAGUCCCUGUAGAGUUGAGUUAUACAUCAACGUCGUGGUUGCAUAAGCAGGAAAAGGGUGGCUGUAUAACUCAACACAGUAAAAUCUAAAGCUUCCCAGUGCUUAAUCAGAGGAGUAGUUCAAACUUGAGAGAAGGGAGAAAGCCCUUGGAAUCAGCUUAAGGCUGUGCCUUCCGUGUUCUUUAAUAUUCUGUGUUAUUGUCUGAAAGCACAUGAUGCCACAACCUUGGUUGAAGCUGAGAUCAUCUAGGUUUGGUUAGUGUCUGGAUAGGAAGGUGUCUGGGACACAUAUGUAUGCUGCCUUGAGUUCCAUGCAGGAAGAAAACAGGAUGUGGCCAUUAAUGAAAUAAUAAGCAUCUACUUUGUUUCAUGGUGUUUCUGCCUGCAUACUAACCAUUGCUGUGCCUCCCCAGAUACAACUGCACCGGAUUGAACUUUGGGAAGGUGGAUGUGGGCCGCUACCCUGAUGUGAGCACCAGGUGAGCUAUUUGCUGUAGGAACCUUGGGAGAAUGAGGAAGACCACAAGGCUAGGUGUGUGAUAUGCAGCACCAUGAAAACUUGUUUUGCACUAGCAGGGCAGUGUGGGAAGAGGAGAUGCAGUGUUGUGAGUAAUUCAUAUUAGCAUGUUUAUUUUACUUGAAUCUAAUAAACAAGGCUAAAAACUUAGAAUUAGCUAUGGUGACCUAAUAAUUAUUUGUAGUUGGCAUUCAUUAUGACUAAUGAACCUGUGGAACAAUAUUUCCUGAAGGAAAAACAAAACACUAGAAAAUUUCCUGGCCCACAUCAGUCUCUGGCUAGAUGUUCCUUUUCUUGUUCUCCCUGGACUCAAGCCCUUUGUCUCUUCACAGGUACAAAGUCAGUACAUCUCCUCUCACUAAGCAGUUGCCUACACUAAUCCUUUUCCAAGGUGGGAAGGAGGUGAUGCGCCGGCCACAGAUUGAUAAAAAGGGACGAGCAGUCUCAUGGAAUUUUUCGGAGGUACGCUCUAUCUGAAGUUUCAUUUGUAUGCUGUCAAUAUCAGAUGUGCGCCUUGUAUUAAGCUGGGGAUCAGUACACGGUAACACAAAACAAUGCUGAUCUUUCUUUUUGUCACAGGAGAAUGUGAUUCGGGAAUUCAACUUGAAUGAGCUGUACCAGAGAGCCAAGAAAGUGUCUAAGCAGCCUGAGGUCCCAGAGGAGUCUCCAGAACAGCCUGCUAUCCCUGAGGUCCCCAAUGGAGAGAGCAAGAAGGACAAAUAG